AUGCGGCUGCCGCUGCUUGUGUCCGUGGGCGUCCUGCUGGUGGCUCUCCUGCCCUGCCCGCCAUGCAGAGCCCUCCUCAGCCGGGGGCCCGUCCCGGGCGCCCGGCAGGCCCCACAGCACCCGCAGCCCCUGGAUUUCUUUCAGCCGCCGCCGCAGCCCCAGCAGCCGCAGGCUCGGCCCGUGCUACUCCGCAUGGGGGAGGAAUACUUCCUCCGCCUGGGGAACCUCAAUAAGAGCCCCGCUGCUCCCCUCUCGCCCGCUUCCUCCUCUCUCGCCGGCGGCAGCGGCAGCGGCCUUUCUUCGGACGAGGUGGCCGCCAACUUUUUCCGCGCGUUGCUGCAGCAGCUGCCGCUGCCCCGGCGCCCGCUCGACAGCCCAGCGGGUCCCGCGGAGCGCGGCGCCGAGAACGCCCUCGGCGGCCGCCAGGUGGCACCGGAGAGGGAGAGGCGAUCCGAGGAACCGCCCAUCUCCCUGGAUCUCACCUUCCACCUCCUCCGAGAAGUCUUGGAAAUGGCCAGGGCCGAGCAGUUAGCGCAGCGAGCUCACAGCAACAGAAAACUGAUGGAGAUUGUUGGGAAAUGAAACGGUGCGUUUGGCAAAAAAGAUUCUGCAUU